UUAAACGAAGAAGAAGAAGUCGAAGAAGAAGAAGUCGAAGAUUAUUAUACUGUCUGGUUUACAAUACAGUCAUUUGCUUUAGUUUAAUCCCAGCUAUGAAUUCUCAUAAUCUUGCAUAAAAUCCUUCAAUUUAUGCUGGCUGUUCUUGAUAAACAACCAUUUAUGGAUUUCGCUCUGGUCUACUUUUUCAAAACGGCAGUGAGUUCAUUCUGUAGAGAUGGAUGACUUCCUGGCUGAACUUUGCUGCACAGACCCUCUGGAUCCACUUCCAGUGUGGCAAAAUGGAACAAUCAGCCCCUGUUUUAACUUGCUGGUCCUUGGCUCCUUGUCACAUUCUGUCCUUGCUGUUGCCAGUGCAUGUUACCUGACUGCACACAGAUUCAACAGUCCUACUGUCUCUUCCUCAUGCAGCUGGAGCUGGAGGAUGGCAAUGGUUGUACUGGUUGCCUUACUUUUCAUUGUGGAUAUAGUCAUGGUUGUCAUUCUAAACCAACCCAUUAUGUAUCUUAAUAUCCUGGCUGAUGGAUGUGGCAUUUUGGCGUGGUUUGUCCACUUUGGGGCACUAGCAGUCCAGCAGCAGUUUUACUGCAUAGGUACUGGGAACAGGGGACCUUUAACACUACUAGUACUGGCCAUUCUGCCUGCUCCCAGUCUCAUCAUUAAUCUGGUCACUUUUUGCAAGGAUUCCACUUAUCUAGACUUAACUCAUCCCUUCAGGGUUGUACGCAUGGCCAUUGUGGCUGCGCAGUUAUUAUGUCUUCUGGUCUACCUGGUUGCAUUUUCUUUUCAAUGUCAGAGAGAAGCAGUCGAACAUCUCUCUGUAAAUUAUUCUGACCGGGCCUCCCUUAUAUCCAAUGAUGCUCACUUGUGCCAAGAUGGACAAAUAGUUGCAGAGGACAGUUGCAACUGGGUUUCUCGGAUAUUCUAUUUUUGGCUGAACCCCUUGAUGAAACUUGGCCAACACGGUGAACUGAAGAGGCCUUCAGAUGUCUACCUGUUGCCCCGCCAACUACGCACCAGGGCCAUCUGCCUACACUUCGACCAAUGCUGGCAGGAGGCUAUGCUAAGGCAAGGAGGGGUGGAAGAGGUGAUAAGCGACAGACUGACUCCUCCUGAAAGAGUUCAAAAUGGUACAUGGAGCCAGUCCGCUUCACAGGAAAUUCUUUAUGAUUCAGAGACAUGCAUAGCUGAGGAGCCUGUGGUCUGGCUUCCUCAGGUGUUACACAGGGCGUUUGGAAUGAAAUUUUACCUCCUUGGCAUUUUAAAGUUGGUAGGCAACAUGCUGGGCUUCGCUGGCCCGUUGCUCCUCAGCAGCCUGGUGAAUUUCAUGGAGGUUGGGCAAGCACCUGUUAAUCAGGGGCUGUGGUGCUGUCUUGGUCUCUUUGCUAGUACCUCGCUUUCUGCCUUCCUUCGCAACAUAUUCCUAUUCGAAGUGUCCAAGGUCUCGCUCUCUGUUCGUGCUGCUAUCAUCUCCACUAUUUACCGCAAGACGCUACGAGUCAACAGUUCAGCGCUGGCCAGUUUCUCCGUGGGCGAGGUGGUCAAUUUCAUGAGCACGGACACUGAUCGGUUGGCCAAUUUCUUCAAUAGUUUCCAUGAAUUAUGGAGUCUUCCCUUUCAGUUUGCCAUCACCCUCUAUCUGCUUUACCUGCAAGUGGGGGUGGCGUUCCUGGGGGGCCUUGGCAUAGCACUGUUGCUUGUCCCAUUAAAUAAGGUGAUUGCCACAUGCAUCAUGCAGAACAGCAAGCAAAUGCUCCAGCAGAAAGACAUCCGUGUCAAACGUAUGUCAGAGAUGCUGUUUGGAAUACGGGUUAUGAAGUUCUACACCUGGGAGUCACACUUUGUGCAGAAGAUCGCAGAUUGUCGGAAGCAGGAACUCAGCCACCUGAAAACUAUCAAGUACCUUGAUGCAGUGUGUGUAUAUACCUGGGCUGCACUCCCUGUGAUCGUCUCGAUUCUCACAUUUAUAACAUAUGUUCUACUGGGUCACAAACUCACUGCGGCCAAGGUUUUUACAGCACUUGCCCUUGUGGGGAUGCUCAUCCUUCCCCUAAACAGCUUCCCAUGGGUUUUGAAUGGCAUCAUCGAGGCCAUGGUGUCUUUGGAUCGCAUACAGUGCUUUCUGAGGCUUCGCAAUCAGGACCUGAACACCUACUACAGUCUGGUGGCCCCUGAGGAUCCUCAGAUAGCUGUGCGAAUAGAGCAGUGCACAUUUUCCUGGAAAGGCCGAGAUGGAGGGGACUCUCAAUCUCCAGGAGAGACUGGCACGAUUGGCCCAGAGGCCUUGCUGCUCCAUGACCUCAACCUUACCAUUAAAAAGGGUUCCCUUGUUGCUGUGGUGGGGAAAGUGGGCUGUGGAAAGAGCUCUCUUCUAGCAGCCAUUGCAGGAGAACUUGUGCGAUAUCAAGGUAUGGUGUGUGUCCAAGGAAGGGAAAAUGGAUUUGGCCUUGUUACUCAGGAGCCCUGGAUCCAGCAUGCAACAGUCCGUGACAACAUUCUGUUCGGCAAGGAAUUCAACAGCAGCUUCUACAAUUCUGUCAUUGAAGCUUGUGCACUAACCAGUGAUCUAAAUAUUUUUCCACAAGGGGACAGGACUGAGGUGGGAGAAAAUGGCGUGACACUCAGUGGAGGACAAAAGGCACGUCUUGCCUUUGCACGGGCUAUUUACAUGGAGAAGGACAUUUACCUUCUUGAUGAUCCUCUGGCCUCAGUAGAUGAUGCUGUUGCAUCCCACCUCUUAGGAAACUGCAUCUUGGGAAUCCUCAAGCACAAAACCAGAAUCAUUUGCACGCACCGUAUAGAGUUUUUGGACAAAGCUGACCUAGUGAUCCUUAUGGAUGAUGGGACAAUUGUAGAAAUGGGCACUCCUGAAGCAAUUCUCCCAAUGGUGGAAGCAGUACCUAAGAAACGGAAGAGUGACAGCAAAAGGCAGGAUAAAGAUGAGCUGGAGAGCAAACUGGAACAGCCCCAGGACCACAGUGCUCUGGUUGACUGCACAAUCAGGGAAGAGCAGAAGCAGACGGGUGUUGUGGCUUGGAGGGUAUAUAAAUCGUACGGCUUGGCAGUAGGUCGCUGCCUGACAUUCUUCAUCCUCCUCUUCCUGCUUCUCAUGCAAGCAUCAAAGAAUGUCUCAGACUGGUGGUUGUCCCACUGGAUCUCUCAACUGAAGAGUGGUGACAACACUUCCCUCAGUGUCCCCUUGUAUAGGGACCUUUCAUAUCUGCUGCUUUUUUCUCCCCGUGGUUUCAUGUACCCAGUCACUCAAGUAGAAACUGCUUCUAAGGCAAACAUCACGUCAGAAAUAAAAUUCUAUUUGGCAGUCUACAGUUCCAUUGCAGCUGCCAACACGCUCUUCACUGCUGCCCGGGCGUUCUUCUUUGCCCAUGGAGCUAUCUGUGCUGCUACAGUUGUUCACAAUAGGUUGCUGAACAGAGUGAUGAAGGCCACUGUGAGCUUCUUUGACACCACCCCAUUUGGCUGCAUCGUGAACCGAUUCUCUUCUGACCUGUACAGCAUAGAUGACACAUUGCCCUUUAUCCUCAAUAUCUUUCUAGCUAACAUCUUCAGCCUGCUAGGCAUGCUGGUUGUGAUUAGCUAUGGCCUGCCCUGGAUCCUGCUGAUGUUACUGCCACUGGGAGGCCUGUACUACUACAUACAGCACUAUUACCGCCACACCUCGCGUGAGCUCAAGCGCUUCUACAGCCUCACCCUCUCGCCCAUAUACACUCACUUCUCUGAGACUUUGACUGGAAUCAGCACAAUCCGAGCCAGUGGCAACACCUCCAGGUUUGAGGAGGAAAACGAGAACCACUUGGAGAGGAACCAGCGAUGUCUGUUUGCAAGCAACGCUGCCAUGCAGUGGCUGGACAUCCGGCUGCAAAUGAUUGGUGUUGUUGUGGUGACCGGAAUCAGUGUGAUUGCAAUCAUUCAGUACCAGACCAGAUCAGUCAAUCCAGGCUUGGUUGGUCUGUUGCUGUCCUAUGCCCUCUCAAUUACCAACCUACUGUCUGGGCUCAUCUUCAGCUUCACACAGACAGAAACCCAGAUGGUUUGCAUGGAGCGGACUGAAGAAUACUCUACUGUUGUCCCAAUUGAACCACAGCAUGGCACUCUUGAGGUGUCCCACUCAUGGCCAGACCAGGGGCAAAUAGAUUUCCGUGGAGCAGUGCUCACUUACCGCCCAGGUCUGCCAAAUGCACUGGAUGGGGUGAGCAUACUGAUCCACCCUGGGGAGAAGGUUGGCAUUGUGGGGCGCACAGGCUCUGGGAAGUCCAGCCUGUUCCUGGCCCUCUUUCGCAUGGUAGAAUUGAGUGGUGGGCACAUCCUCAUAGACCAGGUGGACAUCGCCCAGAUCGGUUUGGAAUCCCUGAGGUCAAAGUUGGCCAUUAUUCCCCAGGACUCCUUCUUGUUCAGUGGGACAGUACGGGAGAACCUUGAUCCCUGUGGAUGUCACCCGGACGCUGAGCUGCUAGAUGUGCUGGAGCAGUGCCAUCUCUGCCUGACCAUAGACAAGAUGGGAGGACUGGGUGCAGAAGUGGGAGAGAAAGGGAAAUCUCUCUCCUUGGGGCAGAGGCAGUUGCUGUGCCUGGCACGGGCCCUACUAACACAGGCUAAGGACUUGGCAUCUGUUCACAUUGCCAAAACUACUAGUAAUUGGUUUGCUGACCAUGCUAUUACUGUGCCGGCCAACUCGCCUGACCUGAACCUCAUAGAGAAUCUAUGGGGUAUUGUCAAGAGGAAGAUACUUUGCAUUGAUGAAGCUACAGCCAGUGUUGACCAGAAGACAGAGAAGCUGCUACAACAAACUGUCCAGGAGAAAUUCAGAGACAAGACUGUUCUUACCAUAGCCCACAGAAUCAACACGAUUAUGGAUUCCGAUAAAGUGCUGGUGAUGCAUGCAGGGAAAGCAGUGGAGUUUGACACUCCUGCAGUUCUUUGCCAAAGAGACUCUAUUUUCAAAAAGAUUGUUUCCAGACAGCUAGAAUGAGGAUUUACCGAAGACAAGCAGAAUAAGAUGGGAGAAAUGCAAAGGAACUAGCAGUACCUGGCAUACACACACACACACACACACACACACACACACACGCAUACACACACACAGGUGCACUCACUCAUUGCUGUUUUUGCUGUCCUUUGAAGCAUGUGAUGUCAGCAUGUGAUCACACCACAGUUUGCAAUUUGGGCUUGUACAGACAUGAGCUGGAGGUAGAGACUUGAUAUGCACCUUAACAGGCGGACUUGCAAGCACCCUAUCAACCUGUCGGGGUGACUAGUGAGCAAUGAUACACUCAUCCUGGGUGACUGAAACGAUCUUGUAUCUGGGAGACGCUAUAGUGAAUUGUGCUGUCAGGCUGUUGUGAGACCCAUCCAUGCACUGAAAAGAGCCCUAACAGGAUGAGCAAAACGGGAGUCCCACAACAUACAAUUUUUAAGAGUUGAUUUAGCAUCUAUCUAUGGACUGGACUGGAUUGGGUUGUGUUUUUUUUAACCGAUUUAUCUACAUUUAUUUUUCCAAUGAUAUAAGGUGACAAUAAAAUUGCUUUCCUGCAGAGA